CGUCAUCAGUGUGCGACAGCACCGUCGACAUCUGCUAAUGGAGGAGCGGGCGACGUCAGCAACUUUGAAACAGGCUUUAAAAACCCAUUUCGGGUUCAAUAGCUUUAGGUCUCAGGUGCAGGAAAAUGCUAUCAAAGCGGUUGUUCGAGGUGACAGGGACGUGUUUGUGUGCAUGCCCACAGGGGCAGGAAAGUCUCUGUGCUAUCAGCUGCCUGCUCUCCUGGCUGAAGGCAUCACUUUGGUCAUCUCCCCGCUAAUUGCUCUCAUUCAGGACCAAGUGUCCCACCUGAGGGAUCAGAACAUCCCCGCCCACUCCAUUAACUCCAAGCUUGCAGUGGGUGAGCGGCGGGUGAUUCUCGCCGAUUUACAGAGCCAGAGCCCGAAGCUGAAGCUGCUCUACAUCACGCCGGAGAUGGUGGCGUCUGCGUCGUUCCAGCCUCACCUGACUGACUUGUGCUCGCGAGGCCUCCUGUCCUACCUGGCUGUGGACGAGGCCCACUGCGUCUCCCAGUGGGGUCAUGAUUUCAGGCCUGACUACCUCAAACUGGGGGACCUGCGCUCUCGCAUGCCCGGGGUCGCCUGCAUAGCGCUUACAGCGACAGCCCCCAGCAACGUUCAAGAAGACAUCAUCCAGUCCCUAAAGUUGCGUCUUCCCCUGUCCUUCACAACGCCCGUUUUCCGCUCCAAUUUGCACUAUGACGUCAUCUUCAGCGAGAUUCUUCCGAACCCUUUCGUUCACCUCCAGGCCUUCAUCCAGAAGGCACUGGCUCUUGGCAGCGGCUCCAGCGGAAAGAGCUGUGGGAUCGUGUACUGUCGGACCAGAGAGGGCUGUGAGACCGUGGCCCACCAGCUUACAAAGCUUGGUGUCCUAGCAAAGCCUUAUCAUGCUGGUCUCAAGGCCCAAGAUCGCACAGAAGCCCAGAAUGACUGGAUGCAGGGAAAAGUCUUGGUGAUUGUGGCCACCAUCAGCUUUGGUAUGGGUGUAGACAAGGCCAGUGUAAGGUUUGUUGCUCAUUGGAACCUAGCAAAGUCCAUGGCCAGCUACUACCAGGAGUCCGGGCGAGCAGGGAGAGACGGACUCCCGUCCCUGUGUCGCAUUUACUACUCCCGGAAGGAUAUGCAGCAAAUUAAAUUCCUCGUCCAUAAGGAGAUUUCGCGUAAACAGGAAAAGCGCAACUCGGCAAAAGAAUGUGACAAAGCAGCCAUUAAAGACCUUGAAGCCAUGGUGUCCUUUUGCGAGCAGGAAAGUUGCCGCCACGCCUCCAUUUCCAAGUUUUUCGGGGACAAGCCACCCAACUGUUCAGGCGCUUGCGACUGCUGUUCCAACCCCAAAGUUGUGCGGGCCCAGCUGGAAAAGGUGUCCAGCCUCAACACUGGAAUCAGAGCUCACAGCAAAGAGUCGCACGGCCCCUUUGGUUUCAACCAGGACUUUUAUGGAGGAGGAAAAAAGGGAUAUGGCUUUGAGAGGUAUGACGAAGGGGAAGACCAUGUUGAAGACGAUGCCAAGAGGAAAGAGGAGUUCUCCGACCUCUUCAAGAAGCAGAUGAUGCUCAGGAAGGGACUUGCCACCCAGACGGACAACUUCAUUCCUCCAAACGCCGACUGCCCACUGAGGGAGGCGAGCUGUCAGAGGAUCCCCAGGCUCACCGUGAAGACCAGAGAGCACUGCUUAUCCCUUCUGCAGGAGGUAUUAUAUGGCCACCAGAGGGAAGACAACGCGUUCAGUUGUCUUCUCACCUCAGCUGUGGAUAUCGAACAUGAGGUGUUCAAGAGCAGCAAGUCUUCCAACUUGUACAAAGCGGCCAUAUUAAAAAAGGUGUCCGAGAUGAAGAAAGCGCCUGCUGUGACGGAGCAGGCGAAGAGCUGCAGUGGAGGCGAAGCCAUGCGGAAACUUGAAGAGGAGGCGUCCUCCUCUUCGUCCUUAUCCGAGGAGCUGCAUGGGUUUAAAUCUGCAUCCGAGGUCUACUCUAUGAAGCGUAAGAGAAUGGGAGCAGGCCACAGGGGCUCGUCCCACUCCCACCUGGCUGCCAAGGAUCUGCCGAAUCCCUCCAUGGAGGACAGUACGUCUGAUAAGGGAGCGCCGUGUAGCACUACAGGUGGCGUUAAAGAGGAGCUAAAAGGAAAAUCGAAAGAUAACCCUGUGCCAAUGACCUCAUCGGUGCAAGCUGCAGCCGCCACCUCCCUGUCCUCCUCGAGUAGCCCCGUUAAGGGAGGCCGAGUUCUGAGCAAGAAACAGCAGAAGCUGGCAGAAGCUGCAAAAGGUUCUCGCAGCAUCUCGCAAUAUUUUAGGACACAGACAACGACGGAGGCGCUUUCCUCCCCUACGGAUGCUAUGAGUCCAGAGGAAAACAUGGACCAAGGGCAGCAGUCGCCUAGCAUCUUAGAGGCUGUAGGUGGCGCUGUGGAGCCAGUCGUUCAAGAAGAAGUCAUUGUGAUAAAUAGUGAAGACGAAGAAGAGAUGCUUCGAGACACUGACCUGAACAAUCUGCUGUCCACCACAGAAGUGGACACAACUCAGGAAGGCCGCAGUGUAUCCGUAACACAAGAGACGUGCGCGUUGGAAGCCCAACAAGAGCAGCCUCCCCCGGCCAAAAGAGGUCGCUCGGUGGAGAGCAAAGGGAGCAGCCGUAGAGUGACCUUUGACUUCACCAUGCAGCAGAGGGUCCUGCAGACGGGUCCAAUAACGACUGUGACGCUGAAGGAGGCCGCUGACGUGGUGGUCCGCUACCUGGACCCGUUUUACACUCAGGGGAAGUUCGCUAACAAGGACCUGUUCAAGUCUUUCGCCCGCUAUCUGUCCCACCUGCUGGCAGAGGGGAGGAGCCUGGCCAAGGGUCAAGUCAAAGCAGAGGCGAAGGCGCUGAUUAAGCAGUUCUUCUGCAACGUCAAACGCUGCGAGAGCGAGGCGGACUGGAAGCACCUGAAAAGACCCGUUUACUGUGAAAGCACCACCAGUCGGCGAUGACCUGGAGAGGACAUGAAGAUUUAAGGGCUUCUUCUUUGUCAGUGCCUAAGCUUGUCUUGUUGCUGUAAGCUCAGGUGUCGCACACACACACACACACACACCUAGACACUUUCACACAAUAGCAGCGUGCUCACACCAAGUCAUUUGUACCAUGAUGGUACAUCCCCCUAGCCCCUCCCCGAGCACCUGUGUAAAGCUGGCCCUUCUUGUCAUUGCAAUAUUAAAAUACUACUUCUGUUCUUUUGUGCAA